AUGCAAAUCUUCGUUAAAACUCUUACUGGAAAGACGAUUACUCUUGAGGUUGAAUCUUCAGACACCAUAAAUCAAGUAAAAGCAAAAAUCCAAGAUAAAGAAGGAAUUCCCCCAGACCAACAACGUCUUAUUUUCGCUGGUAAACAACUCGAGGAUGGUCGCACCCUCUCCGAUUACAACAUUCAGAAAGAAUCUACCCUUCAUCUUGUUCUUCGACUUCGCGGAG